UCGAACCCCAGACCCACCAGAGAGCAGGCACAGGCCAAACCCACUGCGCCCCCCCGUCAAGCCUGACUUCAUUGUUUCUCAAGUAUUAUGAGUGGUUGCUGUUGCCAUUUUAACUCCUCAUUGUAAUUGUGCAGACCACUCUUCCCCCCCCCACAUACCUUCAUUCACAGGUACAAGUCAACUCCGAGGAUACUGCACAGCACUAUUUUAUGAAUGAAAUAAUUUCAUGCCUCCUAGCUGAUGCAUUUAGCAGGAGUCUCUUACAACAGUUGACGCAUGUAAGCGGAGGGAUUGACUAGUAAAUGAGGGGUAUACACCUUGCUCGGCGAUACUACUGUAGUGGCAGGGAGCGGGACGGGAACCAACAACCUUUGGGCUACGACUCGAGUCCUUCGGCUUUCCUCGAAUCCUUCGAACACGUUUGGCACGAAGCACACGACGUUCCGGAGCUCAGGAUGUGCGUUCGCCUGCACUCUCACCCCACAGUACUGAGGGUGAGGUAAACCGCAGGCCGACAAGUUGUGCUCCUCAGAAACGCCCAUCGAGCCGAGCCCAUUCCUUGAACAAAAGUCACGUUAACGAAAGCCAGUGUCUCUGCUAUGCACAGCAGCAGCUUCCCAUACAUUCAGCCAUGACUGAGUUAACAGCCAUUUUCCAGCACUUCUCCUUCAACAUGCAGUGAUGUGUGACUAUGAGUCUAAAGACACCUGUGGGAAUAGUCGAGGAGCUGAAAGCCAAAGCGGGGCUGCGCUAAACACACUGACUUCUUCGUAGACACAAACUUAGAACUUUAAGCCAGCGAUAUCCACCCCAAGGAAACGUGAGCAGUUUUUUUUUUUUUUUUCUUUUUCUUCCUUUUUUGUAAGGUUAGUACAAGUUGUUUUUUUUUUUUUUUUUUUUUCCUCCUCAUAAACAAUUUCCUGCUGAAAGUAAUAGCAAACCAAACGUACUACUACUGUAUGUAUGGAGGACUGGUGCGCGGUGCGCGCUGCUCCUCGGCGUUAGAGCGCUCAGUGGAUCCCGUCCAGCGACUCCGGCUCCGGCUCGGCGAGCCCUCGGUUGGUUCUCGCCUCUUCACCCUCAUCACUCAACAUCUGCUCCUUCCCGAGCAACCAUGCCGCGAUGCAGCAGGGCGCUCCUGGGGGUCGCUCUGGCGCUCGUCCUCAUCACCUUGAUAGUGGUUCCUCUGCAGGUAUUUCUCAGCGGAAGGAAUGCCAAAAGGAUCUUUACGCUUGACGACUACUUCAAUGACACCAUUCGUUAUAACGUGUACAAUCUACGGUGGAUAUCAGACACUGAAUACCUGCAUAAAACAAAGGAAGGCCAUGUUUUUCUCUACAAUGUAGAGACAAGAAAUUCUUCAGAAUUUUUGAACAACAAAACAUUUGUCCAAGUGGAUGCUACUGAUUACUUAGUAUCUGCGGAUCGCAAAUUUGUGUGCCUGGAGAGCAAUUACUCAAAAAAAUGGAGGCAUUCAUUCACAGCUUCUUAUUCUAUUUAUGACAGAGAAAACUCGAGAUUUGUUACACCAUCCAGUAUUCCUCAAAACAUACAGUACCUGUUAUGGGCGCCAACUGGAAAUGAACUAGCCUUUGUUUGGAAUUACAAUGUUUAUAUAAAACUGCUAGCCACUUCUGAUGCAAUAAAAGUUACUACCAAUGGAGAGGAGAAUAAAAUUCUCAAUGGCAUUCCAGACUGGGUUUAUGAGGAGGAAAUGUUCUCAUCAAAUGAUGCAAUGUGGUGGUCACCAAGUGGGAAAUUUCUGGCUUAUGUGGAGUUUAAUGAUACUGAAGUCCAUACUAUAGAGUUUUCCUGGUAUGGCUCUGACCAAUACCCAAGAACAGUCAUCGUUCCAUACCCAAAGGCUGGAACAACAAUUCCCAAAGCAAAACUCUUUGUUGUUGACUCUGAAGACACCUCCAGAGUCAUGCAAAUUUUAGUACCGCAUUCAAUAGGAGAAAGUGACCACUACUUGAGUACAGUCACCUGGGUCACAGAUGAGCGCAUUGCUGUUCAGUGGGUGAAGAGAAGUCAAAACCAUGUCCUCUUGCAAGUCUAUGAUUUUGAUGGAAACAGCUGGAAUGCAAAUUGGACUCACGAGGAAAAGAGUGAAACGGGUUGGGUCGGACAUUAUUCACCACUCCAUCCUUUUUUCGCUGCUGAUAACACAAGUUUUUAUAAAAUAAUGAGUGAUUCCAAUGGUUAUAAACAUAUUCACUAUGUGAAUGCUGGCACAGCAACACCCAUCACAUCAGGACCUUGGGAGGACAUUUACAUUUCCAAAGUGACCAAAGAUGCCAUAUACUAUGUCAGUAAUGAACAUCUCAGGAGACCUGGACAGAGGAAUGUUUACAAAAUCGAGAUUGGGAAAAGCCAUUCUGCUCCUCGAUGCCUUACCUGUGCGGUGCAAGAAGAAAGGUGUCAGUACAACUUUGCAUACUUCAGCCAGGACGCCACCUACUACCGCAUGGGCUGCUAUGGACCUGGACUACCUUUAUUUACAAUUAGGGAUACCCAAAACCCCGGUUCAGACAUUGAAGUUCUUGAAGAUAACAGUGCACUGGAACGCAUUCUGGCUGAAUUCAAAAUGCCAACCAUGCUGCGAGGAACCGUGAAUGUUGGAGGAUUUGAACUUUGGUACCAGAUGAUGCUCCCUCCUAAUUUUGAUAAAUCCAAAAAAUACCCACUUCUAAUUGACGUGUAUGCUGGGCCAUGCAGUCAAAAGGCUGAUUACCGCUUCAGGCUAAACUGGGGAUCUUAUCUUGCCAGCUCAGAGAACAUUAUUACGGCUAGCUUCGAUGGAAGAGGAAGUGGUUACCAAGGUGAUAAAAUACUGCACUCAAUCUACCGACGUCUGGGCACAUAUGAGGUGGAAGAUCAGCUAUCGGCUGUGAGAAAAUUCAUUGAUAUGGGCUUUAUAGACAAGAAAAGAAUCGCCAUUUGGGGUUGGUCAUAUGGUGGCUAUGUCACCUCCAUGGCUUUAGGAUCUGGGAGUGGACUUUUCAAGUGUGGAGUGGCCGUUGCUCCUGUAUGUAGCUGGGAAUAUUAUGACUCAGUUUAUACCGAGCGUUAUAUGAGCCGCCCUAAGGACAAUGCUGAAUUUUACAAAAAUUCCACAGUAGCAAGCAGAGCAAAGAACUUCAAAUCAGUAGAAUACCUGCUAAUUCACGGGACAGCAGAUGAUAACGUCCAUUUCCAGCAAGCAGCACAGAUAUCAAAAGCACUUGUUGAGGAGCAAGUGGACUUUGAAGCAAUGUGGUACACUGACAAAAACCAUGAGCUUGGAGGUUCAGCCUACCGUCAUGUCUUCACCCACAUGAGCCAUUUCCUCCAAAAGUGCUUGAAGGAAACCAAAUAGAGCAAAGUCUGAGCAACCCAACACACCUGCCGUGUGCACCCCCUGCCCAUCUGUCAUAUCAUAAAUAUUCACAAAGUCCAUUUGCAGUGUUUGCAUUUUUUCUGUUUUUUUAUACUGAAAAAAAAAGUGCAUGGUUUGAUGUCAGUUCUAUCAGAGUUCAAUAUCUGAUGUAGGAAUUUUCCUUUCCAUUUUUUUUAUCGAAAAUUUAUGAUUUAAAAAAAAAAAAAACUAUAGCCAGCGUAUAUUUUUAAAUUUCAUAACUAUGACAAUCAAACAAAAGUGCACACUGCUUAUUGAAAGUAAGGUGUGUUUGUGAAGUGGUCACUAGAUGAAACAAAUCUAAUGUGUACACACUGUUUAAAAAUCACUGUUAUUGAACCAAUGUGUGCAAUUUCAAAAGAUCAAAUGAAAUGAUGCAAUAA